UUGCAUAAAAUACUAUUAUAACGUCUAUUAUAUAGAAAUAACAUUGUAAUAUAAAACUAUUGCAAAUUGUUUACAUAAUGUGAUGUUAUUUUUGUUUAUAAAACAUAUGACUUUUAUUGAAACCUUUCAAUGGCUAGUGACAGCGACAAAAGUUCAAGUAAUCACAACUUAGAUGGUUCCUUGAAAAGCAAUAAGAAACAAGGCAACAGUGGAAAUACUGGUGAGAGUGGGGACAAAGGUCACAACCUGGUGCACUCAGUGGGCAAAGGUGGUCGUCACUUGUCCAUUCCAUUUGACUCAUCAACUACCAAUGGCGAUUUAAGUUCGCGUUUGACCACAUUCUCACCUGACGCCAAGAAACAGAAUGGCUCGGCGGUGCGCACGAACAGCCUCGGCUCUGGUGCGCGAACGCCGCCCGCGGAACGACCCAAGUCCAAGUUCUCAGCAUUCGGUAGACUGUUCAAGCCGUGGAAGUGGAAACGGAAAAAGAAGUCCGAGAAGUUUGAAGCAGCCUCUAGAACAUUAGAGAGGAAGAUAUCCGUCCGAGCGAAUAGAGAAGAGUUAGUGCAGAAAGGAAUACUUUUACCAGAGAGUCCAGUCACGCCCGUACCCGAAGGCGAUGAGUCGUCGUCUCCGCCGUAUGGGGAGGAGGCGCGGGGCGAAGCAGGGGGUGGCCAGGGACCCAUGCAGGACCGGGGGCUGCAGUCGAUGCACGCUGCGCUGCAGGCGCAGCUGGCGUCUCAGCUGGCUCAGCAACAAGCUGCGCUGGCAGCCGCCGUCGCCGCUGCCGCCCAACACCACCACCACCAUCAGAACAAUAACGUCAUUGAACCAAAGAAAGACAAAUUGGAGAACGGUGGGGAGCUAGCACGGCCGGAGCGACCCAACUCGUUGACGGCUGGUGGCAAGCUGCCGCGGCGGAUAUUGCCCAGCUAUGUGGAGGUGGGAGACGGUGGUGGGGAGGAGCAGCUGGUGUUGUCGGAGCUGCCGGAGCCGCCGAUCGCGGUGUCGGAGAUCGGGCCCAUCCCGCCGCCGCCCAUGUUCAGCUCGCCCUCCCCCACCCGCCACCACCACCAGCCGCACCAGAACCAGUACCAGCACCAGCAUCAGCAUCAACACCAACACCCCAUGCAUCAACAGCACCAACUUUCUGACUCCGAAGAGGAGGACGACCAAGACGAAGAUGAGUUGGAACCUAUAGCGGAUACGACGCGGGUGGAGGAGAUUCCGCCUAAGGAGCCCAUAUUCAACGCGGUGCCGCUCAAGUCCGCGCUGAAGAAGCGGCCGGCGCCGCAGGCUUCGCCCGCCGGCACACCGCUUGCUCCGCGCCAGGACCACCACCACGCCAGCUUCAAACGGCCGCCGCCCAAACCGAGGAUCCGCAUAUGUACUCGGCCGGUGCGGCUGGGUAACACGUGCGAGAACAAGGAGAACGCGCGGCCGUGGGAGGAACACCACGAGUACGCGAGCGAGUCGGAGCGCGUGGCCGCCAAGCUGGCGCGCAAGGAGAGCCUCAACAUCAAACUGGCGCUCCGGCCUGACCGGCAAGAGCUCAUUAACAGGAACAUCCUGGUGGUGCAGAGCGAGCACGAGCGGCAGGAGUCGUGGGAGGCGAUCGGCGCGCGCCUCAUCCGCCGGCUGUCCAUGAGGCCCACGGCGGAGGAGCUGGUCGAGAGGAAUAUACUCAAAAGUCAGUCCCCCGCGGAGGAGAAGAAGCAGAAAGAAGAGAAGAAGCGGUAUCUGCUGCGCAAGCUCAGCUUCCGGCCCACCGUCGACGAGCUCAAGGAGAAGAAGAUCAUACGCUUCAGCGACUACAUUGAAGUCACACAGGCGCACGACUACGACCGGCGCGCGGACAAACCGUGGACGCGGCUGACGCCGCGGGACAAGGCCGCCAUCCGGCGCGAGCUCAACGAGUUCAAGAGCUCCGAGAUGGCCGUGCACGAGGAGAGCAAGCACCUCACCAGGUUCCAUCGACCAUGACGGCUGUGCCUUACACUCGGACCGGGGAGCAGCUCGCGCGGCCAGUAGCGGGGGCCGCAGCAGCGGGGGCCGCAGCAGCGGGGGCCGCAGUAGCGGGGGCCGCAGUAGCGGGGGCCGCAACGGGCGCCCGCGCGGCCCGCACCUGUGAUCUUAAAUGUUAUUUAUAUUGACUUCUUCCGCCUCCGGAAGAUUCGUAUGCAAUAACUUACCACAGAGCAUCGGUAAAGUGUUGAAUAUUCUAAAGUUGCUUUAUACCGCUGUUUUGACGUUACAUUUUGUAAAUGCGUACCGUGAGUGCAAUCUUGUUUUAUAAUUUACCUAUUAUUAACGUAGUUAUUGCCGAGUACAAUUAUGUUUUAUGUUAAGUUGAUGUAUUCUAAGCGUACCUAUACAUUCUUUUGAUUGACCUUCGAGAAAGGUUAGUGAUAAUGGUUAUUGUGGUGGAGAUGAAGCUCUGAGCUCCGUUGCGUGAGAGUUAUUUUAAUUGCGAGUAUCCAUCAUAGUUAUCGAUUGUAGACAUGUGAUUUUUCUUAUAUUGCUAGCUUUUAGCUUCGUAGUCAAUAAGCUAGAUUCGAUUUUAAUGUAUUUAUUUCACUUUAUAUUACUGUUUUGCGUCACAAUUUCGAGUUGAUGAUAAGUUCACAAGUUAUUGAUAUUAUUGACGCAGAAUGCAUGUAAGUCGUUACGCCUGCGUGGAUCAUAUUACAGUGUCAUUAUAUUUUUAUUCUUUUUAACUAUAUAGUAGCAACUUAUAUGUAUUCUGUAUUGACUGCGUGUUUGUUUGCAAGUUUUAUCAUGAUACAUUCUUUGAGAGUUAAGUACAGUUAAUUCGCACUUAUUGUUAUACCUCACUUGCUCCUUUUGUAAAAUUAAAUCAGUGACGUGAAGAGAUGCUACCAUUGAUUGUCACUGUUUGUUUCUACUCAAUUCUAACAACUAGUAUCUAAAUAAAAAUCACCAGUUUCUUGGAUACCUAAAGUGAAAAGUAUGUCACUAUGAGUCACGUCAUAAAUUGUUGAUGGUUAAAAGCGUUAAAAGUAAGUAACAACACUAAUAAUUACAUUUGUAAUAAUAAAAUCCAACACGUAUAUGGGUAACAAAAAAAAUAUGUCAUUUCGAAAUAGUUGCAAAAAAUCGUAGUUAAAAAUUUGUAAAAUAUGUUUUGUGGUAAGGGAAUAGGUGUUAUAUUGUGUCAUUCAUACAUAUACAAGUGAACAAUUUUCUGUCUGUUACUACUAGGAGUGCUUCCAAGUUCAAAUGCUGUGCAACAUAACAAUAAAACUUAGCGAGGGUCGCGACCCGUUAGACAAUAUACUUUUAUGGAUUCUAUUGUAGCAUGCACAACUAUUGGUUUGCUCAACUUAGACCAGAAACGGUGUAAUUUAUAAAUGAACUACGAGCACUAAUAUACCACCUAUUAUCUCUCAACACUAAUAAUUUAAGUAGUCAAAAACAUCCGUAUUUUGGCUCGGCGUACUCGAACCUCGAACAUUAAUUUUGUUUUGUGAUAAUUUGCUAAGAUGAACUGGUCCAGUAAUGCAAUUCCAAAGUACAGGGAAACACACGGUGAUCGUAUAACGCACUAAUAGUUCUCUGUUGUGAUAGACAUGAAACGCGCUCAAUGGGAAUGACUCGAGUAUGGUGGCGAGUGUGGGGGCCACAGCCCUGGGGCCUGCUCCCGCGCAGCCCGGUGUGUCCACUGUGCUAUGCGCGGUGGAUACGUAAGGUCGCGGAAGGUUGCAGCUGAUCCUCUCCGACACAGAAUGUUACACCCUAUUUUAUGAUUAGAACGAUGGUGAGCAAAUAGCUAGCAGUUUAUUAGUACACAACAUUCCCCCGAUACUACAUUUGACAAUCCCCCAAGUUGCGUAUACGCCCGUAGAUAUGUCUGUCCAGCCUGUACGACACGAGCAACCUCGGCGGGAACAACUUGUUAAUCAUCUUGUCGCUCUAGCCUAGGACUAGCGUAAGUUAUUCAAACGUUGAACGAAGUAUUGACUAAUGGACUAAAUAUUAUCGACUAAGCUCUAUACACCUGUAGCCGUUAAAUUGUACGCGUUCUGAGAUUAAAUUACUCGGUAUGUAAAAUUAUUUAUUUUAUAUAAUGAUGCUAGGAUGAUAGAGAGCAAUAAUAAAGAAUGGAUUUGUUUCGAUUGAAUGUGAAUUAUUUGAAGUUUUCGUGUUGAAACAUUUUAUACAUAACUGUAUAGGUAACUUCUUCGUAGAAUAACUCAUAGAUAGGAAUCAGUUUAAUAUAAUGUAAAUCGUUUUAUAAAAGCAAUGUAUUGUUCAGUAGCGGUGCCAUUUUGUGUGACGUGCUUUCCAAAGUGAAACAAUCUACAAAGUGUGUGUGGCGAGCUCCCGGGACUCGUUGGUUGGUUACAGCGAUGCGUCACUCUUACAUACACUAGACAUUUAUACUGUACACCACUACAUUUUUAUUAACAAAGGUAAUAUUAAUCCCAGCAUAAUUAUCAUGUAAGUCAGUGCGUAACCGUACAUUGGACCCGAUUCCUGCAGACACCUAAUUUUAUUUUAAGUUAUACCCUUCAUUUUCUUAUCCACCGAAAAGGAUAGGGACGGGAGAUUGAAACUGUUAAGUUUGAAAUGUAUGAAUAACCCGGGCGAAUUAUAUAGGCAUCUCGCUGAUAUGUAACCUGUUUCACGUGUGCUGUCAGCUUAAUUAUGUCGGGUUAUUGGCUAAUAUAAAAUUUUGGGAGGGUUUUUAAACCUCUGCCUAAAAUUGACGUAUGUUCCAUUUUUAUGCCUGUCGUUAACCCGUCCCUUUCUUUUUCAGCGGAUAAGAACAUUUCAGGUAUAACUUAAAAUAAAAUUAUGUGUGUACUGAAAUCAGCACCAUUAUGCGAAUAAUUAUGGAUAGCAAGCAACAAAAAUGUUAAUAUAAUGGUUAUUCUUGAGACCAUUCCAUUGUAGAGUAAUAUGGAAGCCAAAAUGACGACUUAUUUUUCUAAACAAUUUUGUUAGAUUUGCAAUUUAAAAUGUUAAGAUAAAAGGUAGAUGUUUAUCGAUAUUGUAAUAUGUAAUAAGACAUUCAGAUUUCCAAAGAUCUAAGGCUCAACUAAAUUCUUUUAGCUAGAUAGCGUCGCCAUCGUUACAAUAUGCAUGUAUGUAUACCGCAGCGGCGUGCGCGGCUCCGGCGCAUGUCUCGAUGGACAUCACAAGUGCGUGUGAGCAGCCGAAGGUAUCUUACCAACCAACAUUGUGAUACGAAUUUUCUUAUUUACAAGUGUAUAGUAUUAUUUAAAGGACAUCAUUAUGUUUAUAUUUUCAUUUUAUGCUAAUUGGUGCCGAGUAACACAUUAGCAGUACAACAUUCUUAUAUUUUUAUAUGAUGGCACGUAUUUUGCUUAAUAUAUUUUAAUAAUUACCAACCCUUAGAUACAAACCCUAAAAGUCAUUAUGAUAUUACGUUUGAAAAAUCGUAAUCAGCUUAUUAUGAGUCAGAAAACAAAAUAUGAAUGAGGAAAGUGUGUAAUCGCGCCAAUAUUUGGGGUCAUUAGAAUGAUGAAUUCCUGUUUUAUAUGAAGUAAUUUUUGAUAAAGUGAACGUCAUCAGUUUUAGUUACGUGCAUAUAAUCAUUAUAUUUGCUUACGCGUAUACCAAUAGGAGCGUAUAUAACAUGGCAACAAAUCUAUGUAACGUUAUUUAGGGUGAUUCUAAAGCAAUUAUAUCGAUAAACAUUGUUUUGAUGAUGUCUGUAUAUAAUUUUAAUAAUGUAAAUUAUGGAAUCUCUUUUAUUUCCAUCAAUAUCGCGUAUAUUUUGUGCUAUUACGAUCUUUGUAUUUGCUAUCAUCAGUAAAGUUACUUACUGUUGGCUUUUAUUUUGAAUAUUGUGUAAAUUAUUGAUGACAUGUUGUAAUAAGUAUAUUUAAUGAUAGCCAUAAAAUUACUUGUUUUAUAUAACAUAAGUUUGUAAAUACCAUGAUUAUACAUUAAGUUUUAUA